CCAGCCACUCAAUCUGCCGUCUUCUUCUUCUGUUGAUCUCAAACCCUCANCCCCCCCCCCCCCCCCGUACAUACACGUCUUUGCAUUUAUUUGUUGCAUUUUUUUUGAUACCCUAGCCAGAUUUUGCCAUCCCCUCUCUCCCUUUCUCUCCUGUAUAGCCGCCGCUCCCAUGGCACUCAAUCGGUUGGUGCUGUUUUUCGCUGUUUUCUCUUCCUCUUUUGCAGCCCUCGACGCCGCCAGCGAUGGAGAUGCCGAUCCGAUUUACAUAGAAUGUGUUCAGCAAUGCGAGAAGAGUGGGUGUGUAGGGGAGAAAUGCUUUCAGCAUUGCAAUUUUUCAUCCGGUGGGAAUCCCAUUGAUGGUCUGUGGUACAUGCAAGAGCCACUUUAUUUAAGGUGGAAGCAAUGGGAUUGUCUCCGUGAUUGUCGAUAUCAUUGUAUGCUGGACAGGGAGGAAGAAAGACAAAAGCUUGGUCUCAAGCCCGUCAAAUAUCAUGGAAAAUGGCCAUUUCAGCGUGCCUACGGAAUUCAGGAACCUGUUUCUGUGGCACUGUCUGCACUAAAUCUUGCUAUUCAAUUUCAUGGCUGGGUGUCCUUCUUCAUAUUAGUUAAUUACAAGUUGCCAUUCAGGCCAAAUAGAAAGCCAUAUUAUGAGUACACCGGUUUGUGGCAUAUCUAUGCUAUUUUAUCAAUGAACGCAUGCUUUUGGAGGGCGGUUUUACAUAGUAGAGAUGUAGAUUUGACAGAGAGGCUAGACAAUUCUUCUGUGGUUGCCUUGCUAGGGUUUUCUCUUAUCUUGGCUAUAUUGAGAACCCUCAAUGUGCGAGACGAGGCUACCAGAGUAAUGGUUUCUGCCCCAAUCAUUGCAUUCGUGACUAUCCAUAUCUUGUACCUUAACUUUUAUCAAUUUGAUUAUGGCUUGAACCGGAAGGUUUGUUUUGCCAUGGUCGCAGCAAAGCUGACAAUGUGGGGGGUGUGGGCAGGAGGGACUCGUCAUCCAUCACGCCGGAAGCUGUGGGCCGUAGUGGCAGGGGGCAUUCUCGUCACCCUCCUCGAAAUAUUUGACUUUGCUCCGUACUGGGGGUUUGUGGAUGCCCGCGCUGUUUCGCACGCGGCAGCCAUUCCCCUCACCUCCUUGCUGUGGAGUUUUGUAAGGGACGAUAGUGAAUUCAGGACCACUACUCUGAUCAAGAAGUCAAAGUAGCAGAAUCUGUGACUGGCUGGCUGGUUGGCUACUAGGAUAAGUACUGUUUUCCACUUUGCCAUAUGAAUCUUUUUUUUUCCCUUAUUGUAUUAAGAUAUCAGAAGAAUGUCUUU